AGGUAUUUUGGGAGAAAUCUUGAGUACCCGCAGAGAACACUAGAGCAAACACAUCACCUGGAAAACGUACAAAGUACCAAGAAGUGGAUUCUUGAUAUCCACCUUGUAACCUGAGUGGACUUAUUAUUUAUCUUUUAAACUUCUUAAUAUUUACAAUGAAUGGGCACAGUGAUGAAGAAAGUGUAAGAAACAGUAGUGGAGAGUCAAGCCGAUCAGAUGACGAUUCUGGGUCAGCAUCAGGUUCUGGAUCUGGUUCAAGCUCUGGAAGCAGUAGUGACGGAAGCAGCAGCCAGUCAGGCAGCAGUGACUCUGACUCUGCUUCAGAGUCAGGCACUCAGUCAGAAUCAGAGUCUGACACAUCUAGAGAGAAGAAACAAAUUCAAGCUAAACUGCCAAAAGUUGAUGGAUCUGAGUUUUGGAAGUCUAGUCCAAGUAUACUUGCAGUGCAAAGGUCAGCAGUGCUCAAGAAGCAACAGCAACAACAAAAGGCAGCUUCAUCAGACAGUGGUUCAGAAGAGGACUCAUCAACUAGUGAAGAUUCUGCAGAUGACUCAUCCAAUGAAACCAAGAAGAAAAAACAUAAAGAUGAAGACUGGCAAAUGUCAGGAUCAGGGUCAGUAUCAGGAACUGGUUCCGAUUCUGAAUCAGAAGAAGAUAGGGAGAAAAGCAGUUGUGAAGAGAGUGAAUCUGACUAUGAGCCAAAAAACAAGGUCAAAAGCCGGAAACCUCCAAGCAGAAUUAAGCCAAAAAGUGGGAAAAAGAGUGCAGGACUGAAAAAGAGGCAACUUGAUUCAUCAGAGGAUGAGGAGGAGGAAGAGGAUGAUGAUGAUUAUGAUAAGAGAGGAUCUCGUCGCCAGGCAACAGUCAACAUUAGUUACAAAGAAGCUGAAGAAACCAAGACAGAUUCUGAUGAUUUGCUGGAAGUGUGUGGAGAAGAUGUCCCACAAACUGAAGAAGAUGAAUUUGAAACUAUAGAGAAGUUUAUGGAUAGUCGAGUUGGCCGAAAAGGAGCCACCGGUGCUGCAACCACCAUCUAUGCAGUUGAGGCAGAUGGUGACCCAAAUGCUGGGUUUGAAAAGUCAAAGGAGCCAGGAGAAAUACAGUAUCUUAUUAAAUGGAAAGGUUGGUCACACAUCCAUAACACUUGGGAAACUGAGGAAACACUGAAGCAACAAAACGUUAAAGGAAUGAAGAAACUGGACAACUAUAAGAAAAAGGAUCAGGAAACAAAACGAUGGCUGAAAAAUGCUUCUCCGGAAGAUGUGGAAUAUUACAACUGCCAGCAGGAGCUUACAGAUGAUCUACAUAAACAGUAUCAGAUAGUGGAAAGAAUAAUUGCUCAUUCAAAUCAGAAAUCAGCAGCUGGUUAUCCAGACUACUAUUGCAAAUGGCAGGGUCUACCUUAUUCAGAAUGUAGCUGGGAAGAUGGUGCUCUCAUUGCCAAAAAGUUUCAGGCACGCAUUGAUGAAUACUUUAGCAGAAAUCAAUCCAAGACUACUCCCUUUAAGGAUUGCAAGGUUCUAAAACAGAGGCCAAGGUUUGUUGCACUAAAGAAGCAGCCAUCUUACAUUGGAGGACAUGAAAGUUUAGAGUUAAGAGAUUAUCAGUUAAAUGGAUUGAAUUGGCUUGCUCACUCAUGGUGCAAAGGGAAUAGCUGUAUUCUUGCAGAUGAAAUGGGUCUGGGUAAAACAAUACAAACAAUUUCUUUUCUGAACUACCUGUUUCACGAACAUCAAUUGUAUGGGCCUUUCUUGCUGGUUGUGCCGCUCUCUACCUUGACAUCUUGGCAAAGAGAGAUUCAAACUUGGGCUCCUCAGAUGAAUGCUGUAGUUUACUUAGGAGAUAUAACUAGCAGAAAUAUGAUUAGAACUCAUGAAUGGAUGCAUCCACAGACCAAACGAUUAAAAUUUAACAUACUUCUAACAACAUAUGAAAUUUUGCUGAAGGAUAAGUCGUUCCUUGGUGGUCUGAAUUGGGCAUUCAUAGGAGUUGACGAAGCUCAUCGUUUAAAAAAUGACGACUCUCUUCUGUACAAGACUUUAAUAGACUUUAAGUCUAACCAUCGUCUUCUUAUUACUGGAACCCCUCUGCAAAACUCCCUCAAAGAGCUUUGGUCUUUGUUGCACUUCAUCAUGCCAGAAAAGUUUUCCUCCUGGGAAGAUUUUGAAGAGGAGCAUGGCAAAGGGAGAGAGUAUGGUUAUGCAAGUCUUCACAAAGAGCUUGAACCGUUUCUGCUGAGAAGAGUUAAAAAAGAUGUAGAAAAGUCUUUACCUGCUAAAGUUGAGCAAAUUCUGAGAAUGGAAAUGAGUGCAUUGCAGAAGCAGUAUUACAAGUGGAUUUUAACCAGGAAUUAUAAAGCCCUCAGUAAAGGUUCAAAAGGCAGUACCUCAGGCUUUUUGAACAUCAUGAUGGAACUCAAGAAGUGUUGUAACCAUUGCUACCUCAUUAAACCACCAGAUGAUAAUGAAUUCUAUAAUAAACAGGAGGCCUUACAGCAUUUAAUACGUAGCAGCGGGAAACUAAUCCUUCUUGACAAGCUGCUGAUUCGUCUGCGAGAACGUGGCAACAGAGUUCUGAUUUUCUCACAGAUGGUGAGGAUGCUGGACAUUCUAGCAGAGUAUCUGAAGUAUCGUCAGUUUCCCUUUCAGAGACUUGAUGGAUCAAUAAAAGGGGAAUUGAGGAAACAAGCACUGGAUCAUUUUAAUGCAGAAGGAUCAGAGGACUUCUGCUUUUUACUGUCUACCAGAGCUGGAGGAUUAGGUAUCAACUUGGCAUCUGCUGACACUGUAGUUAUAUUUGAUUCUGACUGGAAUCCACAGAAUGAUCUGCAAGCACAAGCUAGAGCGCAUAGGAUUGGACAGAAGAAACAGGUUAAUAUUUAUCGGCUAGUCACAAAAGGAUCAGUAGAAGAAGAUAUUCUUGAAAGAGCCAAGAAGAAGAUGGUGUUAGAUCAUUUAGUAAUUCAGAGAAUGGACACUACAGGGAAAACCGUACUACAUACAGGCUCUACUCCUUCAAGCUCAACACCUUUUAAUAAGGAGGAGUUAUCAGCGAUUUUGAAGUUUGGUGCUGAGGAACUUUUUAAAGAACCUGAAGGGGAAGAACAGGAGCCCCAGGAAAUGGAUAUAGAUGAAAUCUUGAAGAGGGCUGAAACUCGGGAAAAUGAGCCCGGCCCAUUAACUGUGGGAGAUGAGUUGCUUUCACAGUUCAAGGUGGCCAACUUUUCCAAUAUGGAUGAAGAUGAUAUUGAGUUGGAACCAGAAAGAAAUUCAAGAAAUUGGGAAGAAAUCAUUCCGGAAGUCCAGCGGCGAAGAAUAGAAGAGGAGGAAAGACAAAAAGAACUUGAAGAAAUAUACAUGCUCCCAAGGAUGAGAAACUGUGCAAAACAGAUCAGCUUUAAUGGAAGUGAAGGGAGGCGCAGUAGGAGCAGAAGAUACUCUGGAUCUGAUAGUGACUCCAUUUCAGAAAGAAAACGGCCAAAAAAACGUGGAAGACCACGAACUAUUCCUCGAGAAAAUAUUAAAGGAUUUAGUGACGCAGAGAUCAGGCG